AUGGAAUCCGUCUCAAUUCUCCAGAAUGUAGUGCACGACGCGGAUGAGCGGAGCGUCGGAGACUUGUACAUCACACGAUGGCUGUGCGAUCUCACGGCUACUCUGUAUGAUGCAGAGGACUUGCUCGAAGAAUGGAACGUCAAAGAAGUCACGCGGCAACGAGAAUCGCCGAGCAGAUACGAGGAAUCGAUGCAGCAGGCAAUCACCUCCUCUUCGCCUUCUAAAGAACGUGAUUCAAGGCUGGAGAUGAGCGCCCUCGCGAGGGAUUUUAGGAUCGGAAUAGAACUCAUCGCUGCUAAGAGGAGGUUUCUGGACCUGCGAGAGCGCACCAAGGAUGUGCAUGCAGAGAGAGGAUCGAGGAAUAGAGAGCGGUCGGACUCCUUCGUGCACCGGAAGGAGGAGGAGGAGAUUAUAGGGAGAGAGGAUGCUAAAAGCGCAAUUAUGAAAUUCUUGUUAGACUCCGACACUGAUGAACAAAUUUCCGUCCUUUCAAUAUGGGGUGAGAAAGGGAUUGGAAAGACUGCUCUUGCUCGAUGUCUAUACGAAGAUGACAUGGUCAAGAAGCACUUUCAUUUAAGCAUUUGGGGUAACGGCUUCCGUAAUCUUGAAGGGGAAUUGCGAAAGAUCAGGGGAAGAGAGACAACAGAGAGAGCAGAUGACUUGUUCCAGUUGCAAAGAUAUCUCCUAGUUAUUGACGAUCUAAGGCCUGAGGAUGCUGAACCAUGGGGGAGCUUGAAAAUUUUAUUGAUGGGAGGUGUCCGAGGAAGCAAGAUUCUGAUAACUACUUUCCAUCAGGCAGUUGCGGACCUUACGGACACAACCCCAUCUUACUGUCUCGAGGCCCUUCGAACAGAGUCGUCUGUUGAUUUAUUGAUGAGAAUGGCUUGUCAGGAAGAAGAAGAGACUAGAAAUCCAAUUAAGGUAGUUAUCGGGAUGCAGAUAGUCAAAAAGUGUAAUGAAGCCCUUUGGAAAUACGAAAGAUUGGAAGUCCAUUAUUCUUCAAGAUAA